GAUUAUUUCCGUCCUUAUCCAUCUCGCUUGCAUUUAUUUCUCUCCGAUCCUUGUCGUUCAUCCUGGCUAGCUAGCUAGGCACCUACUCCCGCUCAUUAGCAUAAUUUACUUGUCAGUCAGUCAGUCAAAAUGGUCCUCGGCAUCGCCAUGAUGGCCACCAUGAUCCCAACCAUGAUCGGUCUGAACCAAGCGAGUCAAAACAUGCGCGAUAGCGAAGAUAGUCGGAAAGAAUCCAGUCGGAAACAACGCUGUCAUUUGUUAGUGAACUGCUCGGUGAAUCAGGGUACGACGGAACAGCGCGAACAGAUUCAUAAUGCGAUGGUGUAUGUGGGUCCUGAGAACCGACUCUACAUAACCAAAAACCCCAACCCCAACACCAUGACCCCCUUCAAUGGGGGCUUCUUCACACACCCACAAUUCCCACCCGAUAACACAGCCGGCCUGGUAACCAUCACAGGCGAGACACCGCCCACAUUACGCUGGGUCUUCCUGGACGUCACCACGCACGAGGUGUGCUGGGGUGGGCGGGCCGAGAGCGAGGGCCAGGUGUGUGGGCCAUUUGACUGGACGAAGGACGAAUCGCGAAUGACGCUGGAGGGGUGGGAGGGGUGGUUGGCAGUAAGGUUUCCGGGAGUGGAUGACGAGGGGGUUUGGAGGUUGUGGUUUGAUCGGGAGGAUAAUGGGGCUGGGUUGAGGGAGAUGGGGAGGGAGGUGCUAGGGUUGGAGGUUGUGUUGAGGAGGGUAGCGGCUGAAUCUUGA